AUGGCCCAAGACGUGACAAACAAGAUCGCAGACGCCGUGGAGCAGCUGAUGGACUUGGAUGUGGAGAAGGUGAUGUUGAGCACGCUGCCCCCUAUCGGCUGCACGCCGUGGCUGUCGAGGUCCAGCGACUACAGCACUUGCGGCAGCCAGACGGUGUUUAAAGAUGAAAUUCAACCUCGACUGGCAACCAUGUUCAAGCGCCUCACCUCCGGUUCCGGUUCUUUCCAAUCGAAGAAGUUCAAGCAUAAUUAA